AUGGACGCCGGGACUAACGCCAGAGAUAUACUCAAUGGGAGGCAUGAAAUUCAUUUAAAAAGAGAUUUCAUAGGAGUUAUCAAUCGGUCUCAAAAGGACAUCGACGACAAUAAAGACAUCAGAAAAGCCCUUUCAGAUGAACGCAGGUUUUUCAUGGAGCACCCGGCUUAUGGACCAGACAUGGCGGACAAAAUGGGAAUCAGGUAUCUUCAGGAGUAUUUACAGACAGAGCUAUCAAAUCAUAUCUUCAAACGAUUGCCGCCAUUGAAGCCUAAAAUACAGAAUAAAUUAGAGGAACUCAACAAGAAAUUAGAGACAAUUGAGUUCCCAUUAGAAGAUUCAGACAAAGAGAGGAUCUUAGCCGAGGCUUACGAGAAGAUGAGAUCUAGUUUUGAUGCCGGAGUGGGAGGAAAGGCAUGGCUGGUGUCCACCGAGAAACUGAAUGGCGGAACAAAAAUCAAUUCCUUAAUGAACGACACUUAUGCCAAAGAAGUGAAUAAAAUGUUUUACGACGACAACCGUAUCCGACGUGAGAUCGGAGUGGCCAUCAAAAAUGCUUUCGGCACCAGGAUUGGGGUGUUUGUACCCGACACCGCUUUCAUAUCAGUCGUGGCCAAUCAAAUCGAACUGUUUCGUAAGAUAUCACUCGAUUGUGUCGAUUGGGUUACGGAUGAGAUCGUCAUUAUAAUCACUGAAUGUGUCGCAAAUAUUGAAAGCUUCCCUAAAUUAAGAUUUAUGAAAUAUGAUAAUAAUAUUUGCAAACCCAUACCCGACAUUGAGUUGAAAGCAUCGCAACAAAGUCUUAGCAAAAGUGAUUGGAUUGCGUACAAGAAGACUGACUUUUGGUUUGUAUUGAACGAUACAAACCUUUCGUGGUAUAAGAAUGAGACACAAAGGGACAGGAGGGGACAGGUAGAUCUAAGGGGUGCUACUGUCCGACCAACUAAUGGUGACCUCAUGAGUUCAUUGGAAUUGGUAUUCACUUCGAGGCACGACAUGAAUAAGUGGAGGGAAUGGCUGGAAGAGGUGGAUGUGAAAAGUCUUAGCAAUUCCAGUGAUAACAUAUCCAUCUCCAAUCAAUCAUCCAUUUCCUAUACGUCCACAACACUUAACAAAACACCACAAGACGUCUCAUAUUCUUUCCAUUUGGGGGUUCAGGUGGAAGAAGUCAAGAGAUUAGUCGACGCUUAUGUGGUUAUACUUAAGAAGAAGUUUAAGGACAGUCUACCGAAGUUGUGUCAGUUGGAGCUAAUAGACUCGACCUCUAAGUUCAUUGCCAUCGACUUCAAGGUCCGUAUUCGUCAAUCAUACGACUCGACCGGCGAUAUCAUUGGUGACGAUCCCGAUAGAGAUGUGAGGAUUGAUUUGGAGACCCAACACAACCACUACACCGAAGCCAUUGACAUAAUCGACAAGUUUUCACAAAUGAAAUUAUAACACAUUUGUAGCUUUAAGUCAUAUUUAUUUAUAUACAAUAAUAAUAUCUUUUUUAUUAUAUUUUUUAUAAACUUUUGUUUGUAUAAAAUA